AUGACUUCCCAUACGCAAGAAGGCGUGCUGCAGCAGCGCCUUUCAACGCUGACCAUGGUUGCCAUGGCGUUUGCAAUUCUCAAUACCUGGAUUGCUCUCGCUGGUGUUAUGGCGUAUAUUCUUCCUUCUGGUGGUGCUGUUUCGUUCAUUUAUGGAUUCUUGGUUUGUGUCUUUUGCAAUCUGGCUCUUGCUGCUAGUUUGGGAGAACUUGCAGCUUUGUGGCCUACUGCUGGUGGGCAGUAUCAUUUCAUGUACGCUUUGUGUACGCCUCGAUGGAAACGAUCUAUGAGUUUCUUUGUUGGAUGGACUAAUAUCGCCGGUUGGUUAACUGUCGUAACCACCCAGGCCUUUUUUGCUGCCCAGUUGAUAUCCGCCGCCGCAGUCGUCGCCUCGAACAACGCCUACGAAGCCACAGCCUGGAAGACAUAUCUCUUCUUCGUCGCCAUCCUCACCUUCGGAACGGUCGGUAAUAUCUGGGGAAACAGAAUCUUAGGUCGUUGGAACGACUGUGCUUUGUAUUGGUCUAUCCUGUCUGUCGUCAUCAUCAGUAUCAUUCUUCUAUCCAUGUCUGAAAAGACAGAUGCCAAACAAGUCUUUACAAACUUCAACAACGAGACUGGUUGGUCUAAUGGUGUUGCUUGGAUUCUUGGCUUGUUGCAAUCUGCCCUUUCACUUAUCGGGUUUGAUGUUGUAUUGCAUCUUACAGAGGAGAUGCCUAAUCCUUCGAGAGAUGCACCAAGAGCUAUGGUACUAGCUGUUGUCAUUGGCGGUGUCACUGGAUUUGUCUUUAUCCUAGUCAUCCUAUUCUGCCUCACCGACCCAGCAACAGUCCUCGCAAGUUCUACUGGCAUGCCCAUAGUAGAAAUGUUCCUUCAAAGUACCAAAUCCCGCGCUGCCGCAACAAUCCUCGCUUUGAUGCUAAGCGUCUGCUUCAUUAACGGCACCUCAGCAAGCAUAACCAGUGCCAGUCGUCUGUUGUACUCCAUGGCUCGUGACAAGGGUAUUGUCUGCCACAGAUUCUUUGCUCACAUCCAACCCAAACUCGACGUUCCGGUCCGCACAAUCAUGCUUUGCUAUAUCUUUAAUCUACUCUUUGGCCUUUUGUACUUGGGUCCUACCGUGGCCUUCAGUGCGUACAUCGCGUCUUGUACCAUCUUCCUUAACGUUUCGUAUGCUUGUCCUAUUAUUGCGUUGCUUGUCAGGGGUAGAAGACUGCUUGCGGACUACCAGACAAACAAAACACCAGCAAAGAUGGGUUUGAGAGUUGGCGCCGUUGUCAAUGGUAUUGCUGCUGCGUUUGUUAUCGUCACUUCUAUCUUCUUUUGCUUCCCUGCUGGAAUCCCAGUGUCUGCCAAUACCAUGAACUAUGUUUCACCGGUAGUAGGUGGCUUUUACUUGUUGCUUGCAGUGUACUGGUUUACUGGCGGAAAGGACUUCCAAGGGCCGAAUUUCGAUGCUAUAAUAGGCCAACCUUUUCAGGAGACGGGUUCAGACGUUAUGGAAACGGUGCCAGGGAAGUUUGAAACCUCGACAAAGGUCUAA